AUGGCUGACGCACAGAAGCAGCUUCAGGCCCUAUCCGACGAGUUCCAGACACUCCAGUCCGAACUGGAAGGUCUGGUCGACGCACGUCAGAAGCUCGAAUCACAGCAACAGGAGAAUGAGAGUGUCCAGAAGGAAUUCAACUCCCUGGAUGACGACUCCAACAUUUACAAGCUCGUCGGCCCGGUGCUGUUGAAGCAAGAGAAAAAUGAGGCAUUGAUGGCUGUGAACGGUCGUCUGGAGUUCAUCGAGAAGGAGAUUAAGCGGAUCGAAGGCCAGAUCAAAGAGAACGAGGAGAAGAGCGACAAGAAGCGAGCCGAAAUUCUCCAACUCCAAAGUCAAGUUCAGCAACAGGCUGCCGCAGCCUCUGCUUGA